AUGGCUUCAUUCAGCCCGACUCAGAUUUUCGACGAGGGGACGACUGAAGAGAAAGGAGAAAAUGCACGGCUUUCUGCCUUUGUAGGCGCCAUCGCUGUUGGCGAUCUGGUCAAAAGCACUCUUGGGCCCAAGGGGAUGGACAAAAUUCUGCAGUCGGCAUCUACCGGAGAUAUUAUUGUCACGAACGAUGGAGCUACGAUAUUGAAGUCGAUCGCUCUUGACAAUGCGGCCGCAAAAGUGCUCGUGAAUAUCUCUAAAGUCCAGGACGACGAGGUUGGCGACGGCACGACGUCGGUUGCUGUGCUCGCAGCCGAGCUUCUACGCGAAGCGGAGAAACUAGUGGACAAGAAGAUCCACCCCCAAACCAUCAUUGAGGGUUACAGGAUAGCCAGCCAGGCGGCGCUGCACGCGCUGGAGCAGUCUACCGUUGAUCACAGCAAGAACCCGGAACUUUUUAGGAAAGAUCUUGUCGCCAUCGCAAGAACUACACUCAGCUCCAAGGUGCUCGCACAAGACCGGGACCAUUUUGCCGAACUUGCCUGUGAUGCCAUUUUGCGUCUUGGCGGCUCGGUUGACUUGAGUCAUAUCCAGAUCAUUAAAAAAACAGGCGGCAAACUCGGGGAAUCCUACCUCGAUGAAGGCUUUAUUCUUGACAAGAAGAUCGGCGUGAACCAACCAAAGCGACUUGAGAAAGCGAAAAUUCUUAUUGCCAACACUCCUAUGGACACGGACAAGGUGAAGAUUUUCGGUGCUCGGGUCAAGGUCGGCUCGACAAGCAAGCUGGCCGAACUUGAGAAGGCCGAAAGAGAAAAGAUGAAAGCGAAAGUGGAGAAGAUCAAGGCUCACGGGAUAAACUGCUUUAUUAACAGGCAGCUGAUCUACAACUGGCCUGAGCAGCUCUUCGCGGACGCUGGCAUCGUCUCCAUUGAGCAUGCAGACUUUGACGGCAUUGAGCGCCUGGCACUUGUCACGGGCGGUGAAAUAGCGUCGACAUUCGAUCACCCAGAGCUGGUCAAACUGGGCCAGUGCGACUUGAUUGAAGAGGUUAUCAUCGGCGAGGAUACACUGAUCAAGUUCUCUGGUGUUGCGGCGGGUCAGGCUUGCACCAUUGUACUCCGUGGCGCAACAGAACAGCUGCUGGACGAGUCUGAGCGGAGUCUGCACGAUGCGUUGGCUGUGCUGUCGCAAACGGUCAAGGAGCCGCGGACGACGCUUGGUGGAGGAUGUGCUGAAAUGCUGAUGGCAAAGGCGGUUGAAAAUGCGGCAACCCGUGUGGAGGGCAAGCGGCAGUUGGCCGUUGGCGCUUUCGCCAUCGCCCUUCGUCAACUCCCGACAAUUCUUGCGGACAAUGCCGGACUGGACUCUGGUGACCUGGUUGCAAGACUGCGGAAGGCCAUUUACGAUGGCAUGUCAACCUAUGGGUUGGAUCUGACAACUCCAGGCGGUGGCCUGGCCGAUAUGAGAGACGUUGGGGUCAUCGAGAGCUACAAGUUAAAGAAGGCAGUCGUCUCGUCGGCAAGCGAGGCAGCAGAGGUCAGCUAA